AGGAAGUGAAGAAUUUAGAUGUGAUUGGGGAUCCAGUUGGCUCCUUCUUUCAAUCUUGUCUCAUUUAAACAGCUUUUUGGAUUUUUGAAGAGCAAAAUAACUCAGAAAAGGAUGGAGCUGGCAUGGGCAGGAGCUCUGCUUCUUCUCUCUAUAAUUUUCACCCUUUUUUCAUCUUUCCAAAUGUACAAGAGAAAAGGGCAGCUGCCCCCUGGACCUACUCCACGGCCUAUUCUGGGGAACCUCUUUCAGCGAGAUGUUUUACCUCUAAACAAAUCAUAUAAAAAGCUUAUAGCUAAGUAUGGACCUAUAUUUACUGUCUGGAUUGGAUCAAAACCAAUGGUUGCUCUUUGUGGAUAUGAGGUGGUAAAAGAUGCUUUGAUAAAUCAAGCAGAAGAAUUUGGUGGGCGAACUCAUUUUCCCUUGCACAGUCGAAUGUUCCAAAAUAAAGGAUUUGGUACUACUGAUGAGAAGAAAUGGAAGGAGCUGCGACGGUUCACACUGUCCACCUUGAGAGAUUUUGGGAUGGGGAAGAAAAGAAUGUCUGAGAGGGUGCAGGAGGAAGCCCUUUGUCUGGUGGAGGAAAUCGCUGCAAAAAAAGGGCAACCUUUUGACCUAAGAAGAAAUGUUGCAAGUGCUGUUUCUAAUGUGAUCUGUGCAGUCGUCUUUGGCAAUCGAUUUGAUUACAAAGAUCACAUCUUCAUAGAAAACCAGCAGACUGUGGAGUCUCAAAUAAGAUUUUUUACUGGUUUCCUAGGACUGGUCUACAAUACUUUUCCAAAAAUAAUGGAAUGCUUUCCUGGGAAACACAUCAAGAUUUUUGCUGAGACUGAAAAACUCCAUGGUUAUAUCCGUGAGGAAGUAGAAUUACACAAGAAAACAUUGGAUCCUCAGAACCCACGUGACUAUAUUGAUUGCUUCCUUCAUAGAAUGGAGAAGGACCAGAACUCAUCUGAGGGUAUCUACUCUCCUGAAGAUCUUGUGAUUACUGUGUUUGGUCUCUUUACUGCUGGGACAGUAAUUACAAGCCAUACUUUGUUCUGCAGCCUCCUAGCAAUGGCUAAAUUACAACACAUUCAAGCUAAGGUGCAACAGGAGAUUGAUGAGGCAGUGGGUACAAAUCGAACUCCAAGCAUAGAAGACCGGUUGAAGAUGCCUUUCACAAAUGCUGUGGUCCAUGAGGCUCAACGUUAUCGGAUUGGGAGUGCUGAGAGCUUUCCACGGGCAACAACCUGUGAUGUAAAAUUCCAUGGUUACAACAUUCCCAAGUACAUGGCUGUUGCGCCAGUCCUCUCCUCAGUACAUUAUGAUCCUCUCCAUUGGGAGACUCCAGAGAAGUUCAACCCACAUCAUUUUUUGGAUGAAAAAGGCCAAUUCAGGAAAAAAGAUGCUUUCAUGCCAUUCUCAGCAGGGAAGAGAGCCUGUCCAGGGGAAGCCCUGGCUAGGAUGGAGCUCUUUCUGUUCUUCAGCACAUUGCUCCAGAAGUUCACCUUCUAUCUGGAUGGGGACACCAAAGACACAGAUCUAAAGUCUUUCUUUAUGGUCUUCAAAAAUAACAACCAAUACCCCCUUAUACGAGCUGUUAAACGUUCAGUGGACACUUGUGUUCAAUAAUUAGGACAAGGAAGGAAGUGAUGAUCCUUCCUUCCUUCCUUCCUUCCUUCCUUCCUUCCUUCCUUCCUUCCUUUCUCUUCUCUCUUCUCUCUUCUCUCUUCUCUCUUCUCUCUUCUGUUAUUUUUUCUUUCCCCCUCCCCUCUAUUUCUAUCUUCUCCCUUUCCUUCUUUCCUGGCAUGUAUUGUAUCCUACAAAUUGCUCCUUUUAACACCUAGAAAAUGGAUUGGUUGAACUAUAUUAAUAAAUAUUCAAAUAAA